AUGGAUAUUGAUAUUGUUAAUACUAUAUUACGAUUAUGUAUCGAACAACAAACAUGUCUAUUUGAAAUAUCUUUUCUAUGUGACUAUUGUCUUGAACAUCGAUUAUGUUCAAAUUCAAAAUAUGUUUUGGCUAGUAUUAAAAAUUAUUUAGAAAUAUUUAAAAUAAGUCGUGAUCAAAAUCGAAUUGAAUUUUUUAUGCCAUUUGAGAUAUGUCGAAAUCAUGUUAUAUGUCAAGAUAAAAAUGGUACAUGUUCGAAUAUUCAUGUAUGUUAUGAUCAUUUCUAUACAAGUUCCUGUCGUCGUCUGAUGAAUUGUCCAUAUCCACAUAAUAUAACGAAAGAAUUUCACGAAGAUAUACUUGAACCAUUAAUGAAUCUUGAUUUAGACGUAUUAACUAGAGCAUUUCGUGUUUAUUGUCAAUCGAAAAAACAUUUAAUAAAUCAUAAUUCAUCAAAAGGACAACAACAAUCUACGUUGAAUUCAUCUAUAAGUAAUAAUCCAACACCAUCAUCAUCCUUAACAAAAAAUUGGCGACUAGCAACCACUCCACAAAUUAAUGGAAAUUCAUCAUGGAAAAAAAAUAAUCGACAACAUAAUACUUCAAAAACUCUUCCAAAACAACAAACAAUUCCACAGAUUUCUGAUAAAGGCGUUCAGAUAUGUUGGCAACCAGACAAAAAUAUUCAAACUCAUUUUAUUGAAGUAGUUUUUAGCAAUCAUAAUAAAUCUGAUGGUGGUCCAAUACGAACUCAUCAAAUCUAUCAACAUUUAGGUGUUGCACAAGUCUUUUAUGAAAAUUCAGAUACUGCUGAUCAAGUUAUUGCUCAUGGAUCAGUCACAUUUCAAUCAUUUACUUUUACCCCACGUCUUCUUCAACAAACAAUCGAUACACGUCAUGUAUGUUUUUCAAAUAUUCCAAUUAUAACAAAUCGUCUUACAUCAUAUAUUGAUAUUGUAUCAAUGCCUUAUACAAAGAAUAAAUUUGAAUAUUAUCAAAAUGAUAAACAAAUAAUUAUUGUUGAAUAUAAUGAAGAUAUUGAUUUUUCUAAGAUUGUCUCAAAUAUUCGAAGUCAUCCAGAAUGUAAUGGAUCAAUGAUUAAUUGCAUUCAAUUGUAUCAUCCAGAGACAUUAUUUAUCGAAUAUGAUCAAGAAUAUUUCGAAGAUGAUAUUAGAAAAUUAUUUGAUAAAACAAGAAUUUUCCAUGUAAAAACUUAUCCUUAUUGUUCAUUUGUACAUUUCUAUUCUCAUAAUGAUCUUAUACAAUCAAUAAACGAAACAUUUCAUAAAUCUAUUCGAUUAACACCAAUUUAUAUUAAUAUUUACUCACAAAAUCAUUUGAAUAAUUAUUUACAACAACGUCAAAUAGAACUUCCAGAAAAACUGACUACUACUACUGUUUUAUCUUCUUCUUCUCCUGUAAUAAAUAAGAUUACGCAACAAGAGACAAUACUUCCUAUGCAAAAAAUGGAUUCAUCAUUAGAAUCUCAUCCAUCAAAUCUACCUAUAGAUGAUCAACAAACAGAAGUAAAUCAAGAAUCAAAAUCAUUAAUCGAAGAAGAAAUUCAUUGCCCGUCUUCUUCUUCUUUAAAUCAAACAAUAAUAGUAUCAAAUUCUCAACCUCUCAUUGAAGAUAAAAAUGCUGAAUCAAUUGUAAAUACUAAUGAUGGUGAUGAUGAAACUACCGAAAGUGAAGAUGAUUUUCAUGAUUUACCAUCAGAUUUUGAUAAUGAUGAUAUAUUUCUUGAUGAAUCAAAUGAGCACAGCGGUGAUAUGGAAUUUAUUCGUAGUGCAGCAAAAAAUUUAAUGUCAUCAUUAGCUGAAAUGGAAGCCGCAAGUGCAAAUACAAGUACAAUUGAUGCACCACAUUCAUUAUUAUAUGGUGAUGAUUAUAUAGUUACAAUAAAAAGUCGUCGUUUUGCAUUAGCUUUUCUUGAUUAUACACAAUUUCGUGUAGAAAAACAACGUACACCGGAUAAAUUUCGUUUAUUAGCAUCACUUAAAAAACUAACAAAUAAAAAAAAACAAACCGAUAAUAUUCAAGAACAUGAUCGAACAUUAUCGCCUACACUCGAUACAAAAACAUCUAAGAAAAAGAAACGAAAUAAACGUAAUAAUAAGAAAAAAAAUGUCAAUAAUAAUAAUAGUACGUCUAAAGGUAUUGUAUGA